AUGCUACAAGUAGACAACUUCCCUGCCGGCGAUGGCGCUGAGGUGACUGAGGUGUACCAGCGAUGCAUUCUCGUGUCCGGCAGGUGCAGCACAAGCCUGGCUCUCGAACAAGACGAGGGUUAUAUCCGCGUCGAGACCAAUGACGACUCGGAUCAAACGCUGUUUCCCGAACAGCGGUGGCCAAUGUGUCGUGGCCACUUCAAGGCCCUCGUCCUCCUGUCGCCCGGUAUCAACAAGAUCAUCAUCACUUCCGGCGAGGAUGCCCCAUGUCGCCUUGAGACGCCGCCCCUGCACCUGGCUAUCCUGAUUGCCAAAGAUUCCCCGUUGCUGAUCGACUGCCCACCGGCAAAACUGGGAAGUCUUUCCAGCGCCCACUCCAGCCUGGACGCCGCCAUCUCCAAGUUUCGCAUGACUGCGUACAUGUGGCAAGCCCUCACAGCCGAGGACCUCCGCGCCAAAGGCCUCGGUCGCCGGUCCUUCCGGCUCGAGGAAGAGUGGAACACCGACACCCUGAGCCAACGCUCCCUAUACGUGCCGACCGCGUCUAUGGUCCCCAAGGUUCAUCUAAUCCGCACCGAGAGAACGGUCGCCGAACUUCGCGACGCCCAGCUCGCGCAGCAGAAUCCGCAUGCUCGUCAAGCGAACGAGCUUCACAGAAUCUUCUCCGAUGCUCUUCUUGCCCAUGGGCCGCCCUUCACUACCCAUAAUCGCCCCAUCGUCGCCGGCCUUAUCCUCGACAGCCACUACGACCUGACCGGCAACAGCACCAGCAGCAGCACGAACAGUAGCACAAGCAAACCGUACAUCCUCGCGCACGCCGCCCUCGGCAGCCACAACCCGGCCGGCUUAUCGCUGGGCAUAUUCGGCAGCCACCUGACGUACGCCUGGCCGCGCUUCUUGGAGGAGGUACCGGCGUGCCUGCUGGACGCGACGCCGCCGGGCGACACGGUCGGCAACGACAACGGCGAGUGCAACACCAUGUGGCAGGCGUGCGCCGUCGGGCAGGGCGCGUUUCUGCACGAGGUGCGAUGCGACGCGGGCAUUGUGCAAGUGGUCUUCUCGCCAAAGGGGGGAAAGAAAGAGAAAGAUGACACACUCUCCAUUGCCAACCCUCUCAACUCCCUCAGCUACUCGCGCAUGGAUCUCGUGAAGCAAUUCGGCACAAAACGCCCCCUCGCUCUGGAGGUCACUGCCAUGAACGGCAAGCAGUGCUCGAUCGCUAACGUUUGGGAACUCUUCAGGACGCGGACUGUCAUCCGGGUUCCCGGAACCAAUAUCCGCCUUAUGAAACAGUCCGUGUCCUCGCGCCCUGAUACCGAUUGGGGCGAUGAGGACAGCUGGGCAUGGGGCGUAAUGCUGAAAAAGCGGGACAGCAAGGGCAAGCUUGUGGCUGCGACGAAGAUCGAUAUCCGCGUGGGCUGCGCCCUGGACGGCGCUGAGGUGUACUACGAGGACGGCACCAAGAUCCCUUGUGGCCCCCGAGGUCCUGAUGGACAGGACCCCGGCAUGGGCGGCCACCAAGCCAGGAAGCUUGCCAUUCCCCGGGACGUGGAAAUCUCCAAGGUUGCGGUGACGGAAGGGGUGCCGCCCAAGGACCACAGAAUUAUUGGCUUCUUUGGCACCAGCGGCAGAUGGGGCAUGUGCUAUGAAUUUGGUAUCGUCACCGCUCCUCGGAACACAGUCCUCUCUGACUCCGUCUACGACCUGGAGGAGCUGCAGAACAAGCCCGAGCAAGCGGGCCACCGGAACAAGAAACGCCGAGUAAGUGACCCAGAGAGUGAUGGCGACGAUGAUACGAGCGACGACGAAUGCAAGAACGCAGAGGAAUAUUGCACAUCCGAGGACGAGGAUGGCAAUUACGAUGACGGAUCAGACCCGGAACUAGAGGCUGUAUACCAAGGGUUGUUGUAA